AUGUGGUCGGAGGGUCAGGCGGUGGGCUCGGCGGCGGCGGCGGCGCUCCUGUUCCUCGUGCUGUUGCUGGUGGUGAGGCAAUUGCUGAAGCAGAGGCGGCCGGUCGGCUUCCCUCCUGGCCCGGCGGGACUCCCGCUCAUCGGCAACAUCCACUCCCUGGCCUCGGAGCAGCCGCACAUCUACAUGAAGAGGCAGAGCCAGCUCUACGGGCAGAUCUUCAGUCUUGAUCUUGGAGGAAUAUCCACCGUUGUACUGAAUGGCUACGAUGCAGUGAAAGAAUGCCUUGUUCAGCAAAGUGAAGUGUUUGCAGACAGGCCGUCUCUUCCUUUGUUCAAGAAGCUCACCAAAAUGGGUGGUUUAUUGAACUCAAGAUAUGGCAGAGGCUGGACAGAACAUCGCAAAUUAGCUGUAACCUGUUUUCGGGUUUUUGGAUAUGGUCAAAAGUCCUUUGAGAGCAAAAUAUCAGAAGAAUCCAUGAUUUUCCUGGAGGCUAUUGAUACCUAUAAAGGCAAGCCUUUUGAUCUGAAAUACUUGAUAACGAAUGCAGUUUCAAAUAUCACUAACUUGAUUAUUUUUGGAGACCGAUUUACAUAUGAAGAUACUGAAUUUCAACAUAUGAUUGAAAUAUUUAGUGAAAACAUUGAAUUGGCUGCUAGCGCGUCUGCAUUUUUGUAUAAUGCUUUCCCUUGGAUCGGUGCCUUUCCCUUUGGAAAACAUCAACAGCUCUUUAAAAAUGCAGCUGAAGUUUAUACUUUUCUGCUCUGUCUGAUUCAGCGUUUCUCCAAGAAUAGGAAGCCUCAGUCUCCUCGACAUUUCAUAGAUGCAUAUUUAGAUGAGAUGGACAAAAAUAAAAAUGAUCCAGAAUCUACAUUUUCAAUGGAAAACCUGAUUUUUUCUGUUGGAGAGCUCAUAAUCGCUGGAACAGAGACUACAACAAAUGUUUUGAGAUGGGCUGUGUUGUUCAUGGCGCUUUAUCCCAAUAUUCAAGGGCAAGUUCAUAAAGAAAUUGAUUUAGUCAUUGGGCCAAGCAAAGCACCCUGCCUAGAAGAUAAAUGUAGAAUGUCAUACACAGAAGCCGUGCUGCAUGAAGUUUUGCGCUUCUGUAAUAUAGCUCCACUAGGUAUUUUCCACGCCACUUCAAAGGAUACGGUUGUGUGCGGUUACUCCAUCCCUCAUGGAACUACAGUAAUUACAAAUCUCUAUUCAGUACAUUUUGACGAAAAGUACUGGACUAACCCAGAAAUGUUUUGUCCUGAGAGAUUUUUGGACAGUUCUGGACUGUUUGUCAAGAAGGAAGCCUUUGCUCCUUUUUCUCUAGGACGAAGGCAUUGUUUAGGAGAACAGCUGGCCAGAAUGGAAAUGUUUUUAUUUUUUACGUCAUUACUUCAACGAUUUCAUCUGCAUUUUCCUAGUUCUUGGACUCCAAACCUCAAGCCAAAAUUAGGCAUGACUUUGCAACCUCAUUCAUACCUUAUCUGUGCAGAGAGACGAUAUUGAACCCAAAGGUGGUAGCAAUAGAUCAAAGUGCAGGGACCAGGAAAAAAUGGUGAGAUGAUAAAUAAAGCCAUUGCUUCUUUGACUUAAUCGUCUAAAUGCUGCCUGGGUGCAAAAGAACAGAACCAAAACCUGCUGUACACAAUAGCGGGAUUUCCAAUAUGUGCAAGGGGAGUUGUUGUUGUUGCUGUUACCUGCUGUCAAGUCUCUUUGUUUAAUGAUGCCCCUAUGAGUGAAAGCAUUCCAAAAUGUCCUAUUUAUGACAACCCUGUUCAACUCUUGUAAAUUCCAGGCUGUGGCUUCCUUUGUUCUUUAUGGAGUCAAUCCAAGGUGAGGAAAGGAGUUAAUUUUUGAGGGGAGUGACCUUAAAGAUGCCCUGUGACUCUGAAAUGUAGAAACCAGGAUAUGAGUGGUAAUUUGUAGCAAGACAAGAACCUUCUCUAUUCAAGCUCAUUCUCUUAGAAAAGCUCAAAAUGGCUAUCAAGCAGCUGAUAGAAUCUCUCCAUCUGAUUUCUGAUGCCUUCUAGGCAAGGACCAUCUGUUUUACAUGUAUUGAAGAGCUGUGCCCUCCUUCAGCCAGUUCAGGCUCUGACAGCUUGGAUUAAGCAUUUAUCCCUCAGUUUAGAGAUACAUAUUGGAAAACAUCUCAUUGCUGCAGGCAGCUCAGAUGUGAUAUCUUUAUACCUGCGCAUCACUUCACUGAUACUUUCUGCAACCCUUUUUGGUUAAGGACCUGAACUGAGUGACUGACUGGGACCAUAGUAUACCUGUCCUAAAAGAUUUACAUGGGAUGCCAAUUACUUUGUAUGUGCAACUCCUUGUUCUUUUUAACUUUUGACGCCUAACUGAGUUGGGAUCUCACUAUCUAAGGGACCACCUGUCUUGCUAGGAACCUACCUGCCAGCCUGAGUAUGAAGAUCUGCAGAAGAGAACUUGUUAUGGGCUCUGUUUUCCACAGAGGUCCCUUUGUUGUGCCUGUAUGAAAGGGCUUUCCUCCGGGUUGCCACCCAACUGGGAUAUGUUCCUUUGGGAACUGUGAUCAAUCCCAAAUCCCUUGGCUUUUAGAAAGGGCGUAAAGGUGCAUCUUUCAGUUUAAUCUUAAAAGGUAUAGUUUUAAUGUUUUAACAAUUUUAAUAUUCUUGUUUUUAUUGUUUUACAAUGCUAUUUUAAAUAGUUGUAUCCUGUCUUGUAUAUAAAUGUUAAAACUAAAUAAAUAAUA